GGAAAGCCGGCGUGGCCUCUGUUCCCCGAGUCACCUACACCCCCGGAGGAGCGCCCACGUGCGAGCAGGAGAGCCGGUCGAGGCGAGGCGGUUUUUGGCCGGCCACGCACUACAAGCCCCAGGGUGCCUUGCUGAGCCGAGCCUGGGAGCAUGCAGAGCCCCCGGGGCCGCCGCCAGCCUCCCCACUCCAGGGCGAGCGCCGCAGAGAGCGGCGGGGCGAGGAACAUGUGGGUCUUCGGCUACGGCUCCCUCAUCUGGAAAGUGGAUUUCCCUUACGAGGACAAGAUGGUCGGGUACAUCACCGGCUACAGCAGGAGGUUCUGGCAAGGCAGCACCGACCACCGCGGAGUGCCAGGCAAGCCUGGAAGAGUUGUGACACUCAUUGAAGAUCCUGAGGGCUGUGUAUGGGGUGUGGCAUACAAACUGCCAUUGGGACAAGAAGGUGAAGUAAAAGCGUAUCUUGACUUCCGAGAGAAAGGUGGCUACAGGACUACAACUGUCAUUUUCUAUCCAAAAGAUCCCUCUGUGGAACCCUUUGAUGUGCUGCUAUAUAUUGGAACCUAUGAAAACCCUAACUACCUCGGGCCAGCACCUCUAGAAGAGAUCGCCCAACAGAUUUUUGAUGCAGUUGGUCCCAGUGGAAGGAACACUGAAUACCUUUUUGAACUUUGCAAUUCCCUCAGGGAUCUUGUGCCAGAAGAUGUAGAUGACCAUCUUUUUACUUUAGAGAAACUAGUAAAGAAACUUUUGGAGCAGGAACAAACCCAAGGUCUUAACUGCAUAUAAAAAUCACUUUGUGGUUCAAAUUCUUUCUUCAUCAUCAGAGUAAUAUUUUCAUUGACAGCAGGCAUAGGACUUGGAGAUGUUCCACCUGGACUUUAGGAUAUCCAUUUUAAUGUUUCAUUCAGGGUACUGUUGUUACUGGUCAGUAGAAAACUACGUUUAAAUAUGUUUUCAGUAAUUUACUGGGGGGGGGGGGGAUUUUGAAUUUUGAUGAAUUUUAAAAAUGCUUUUCUCUCCCUUUCUCAAUUAUGAAGAAAUUCUUUAGUGAGGGAAAAUGUUCUUGAUUUUAAGUUAUUUAGAUCUUUGUUUCCUUUUUAAAAAAUAUGUAGCCUGGGACUAAAUUCUGCACUCAGACAAACUGUGUCAACAGACCACAAUCCUCAAAGCACAUUAAUUCAACAGGAGAACCAGUGGGGCCAGUUUAUAAUGUGCCGUGGAUUAUAACACUAUGCCAUUCUGUGCAUACUAACUCAGGAGUGAGUUUCCUUGAUAAACAAGACUUGCUGCUGAGUAAACAUGCAUAAGAUUGAGAAUUAGUUGCCUUGGGCCACAAUCCUCAAUUUACACUUACUCAAGAGUUGUCCCAAUAGGGCCAAUCUAUAGCAGCUUGCAAAUUAGAACACUGUGGAAGAUAUUCUUAUGUAAGGACCAAGGUCCUUCAUAUAGUUAUUUUAGAAAUAUUUAGUAAGUACACAUUAUAUUAUAGGAUAAUUAUCACUGAGUUCAGUUCCAUGGUCUCAAUGGUUCUAUCAUUUAUAUAUAAACUAUUUGCCAUUUGAUAAAAAUGAGCAAACAGUUACAGGUAAAAGAAAUUGUGUUUUCAUUUUAAGAUGCUCGUAGUGUCAAGAUCUUUGGAAACUGAGUAACUCAUACUUGCUGGUGCCUUAUUUAUUUAUUUAAAUCACAAGGAUUUUUUUUUAGUUGAACGUAAAUGGGGAUAUGACUUGAAUCUACAAUAGCAGCAAUGUUCAGAAACUCCCAUCCAUAAUCAUUAGAUGUAACAUUUUUGGAAAUACUUAAAUGUGCUAAAAUCUACCUUGGAACAAUUCCAGUGACUUAAGUUCUAGUAAUAAAGCCAAUACUCAAAAUUCUCUAUACCUUCAGAAGCACUAGGGAGAAUGCCUAAUUACUCCAUGUGUCAGAGUAAUUCCAGGACACAGGUCACACUGCUGAUCUCUUAUCCAUAGUUAAGAAAAUGGAAGUAAGAUGUGGGCAUUUGUGGUCCCCCCUUGGCAUGAAUUCCUACCACCCUUUCCCUGUUGGCUUAAACUAUGGUUUAUAUUUGCAUCAAUGCUAACUGGUUAAACUAUUAAUGCAAUCCUCUACAGAGUUUUUCCUGUUGAUAGCCCUUGAUUUCAAAGGGUUUAGACUAGAGUUACUCUAUAUAGGACUGCAUUCUAAAUAUGGGGACCCUGGAUAGCAUUCAUGCAGGUACAGGGGUAUGCCACCCAGGGGGACAGGGGAGGUACCUAAAGACAGGUUCCUGUCCAAGCCGCAUCCUUCCCUCCCCAGGCCCUCAAGGCCGGGGGCAGCUCAGACGGGCACCAUGGCGGCAGGCCACCUCCUUGGCCACCGGCCACAAUGCCCUGCCCCCCCACCUCCCUACAGGCCGGCUUCUCCCCCCCCCAGGGCCUGGGGAGGGCAGGAGGCGGUCUGCAGGGAGCAGGAGAGGUUUGGAUGGGCGCCGUGGCAGCAGGUCAUCCGAGUUGCCCACAAGCCCCACCCCCAAGUACAGGGGGGCACCCGGAGGCGGUGGUAUCCCUGGGCGCCAUUUCCUCCCUUGCAGGUAUAAUGGUUUGGAUAAAAAUGAACAGCUGGGAAAAUAAGGAAUUUGUGCCAGAGUGGGGAGGAGGAAAUGCACGAACUUGCAGCCAACUCCUGAUCAUUUAAAAAUGGAUAAGAGUUCAAAAGCGCAAGGAAUGAUUUAGGUCAGUGAUUUCUAUGAGAACACUACAGAGUCAACUCAUUAAUGACUGAAGUUUGAACAGCUCAUCUAAAAUAAAACUUGCUUGAUAAUAACCCCCUAUUUCACUGGCACUACCCUUGGGGGAGCAGAGCUUCGUGGUAGAGUAUCUGCUUGGUAUCAGAAGGUCCCAGGUUCAAUCUCUGCUAUCUCCCAAGUAAAAAAACUGGGUAAUGAGUGAUGUAAAAGACCUCAGCAAGAGAACCUGGAGAGCCGCUGCCAGUCAGAACGGACACUACUGACCUUAAUGGACCAGUGGUCUGAUUUGGUAUGCUUCAUGUGUCAGUUCUGUGUGCCCCAUCUGCUCCCCCGUUGCAUGGCAAAACACUUUUGAAACCACAGUGAGUUGCCAAAGCAACUUAUGGUAUGCUGUGGGAAGCUCUGACCUUAAAAGUCAAAAAUCCCGCAAGGCGAGCCUGAAGUAGCUCUGUAGAUCCAGACCAUUGUGUUAGAAUGGAGAUGUAGGUCACACACAAUGUUACAAAGACUUAACCUUGGUAAUCAUGAACUUCUGAAAGUUCUGUUUAAUUUACUUUACUUUCCUUGCACAAUUUCCAACAAUAUUGACGGAGUCUGUGUUAACUUUUCUGGGCUUCAUUCUUGCAAUAGACUAACAGAAGGAGUUUCCGUCCCAACUGAAUUUCCUGGCUUCUUGGUUUAAGUUAUUUUUCUUUAAGCCUUCAACAAAGCAUAUUUUUGUAUUUUAAUAUAUGAAAGGGUUUUUUUCCAAAUGUCAAGCACUUUCCUAUUCUUCUAUCAAAAUUUUCUCUUUAUAUGUCCACUGUUUACAAUGAAGCCUAUGAUUUAAUAUCAGUAACAGCACGGUCAUUAUUUACGUUUGUGUCCAUAAACCAAUUCUCUGUCUCUCUCUUUUUAUCAGUCACUUAUAAAUCUCUCUCUCUCUGUGUGUGUGUGUGUGUGGCAGGGAAAGGAUACCUAUAUUCAGUAAACUGAGAAAAAUGUUUUGAGGGAGGAUCAUAUACUAGAUAGACACUAUUCAAAAGCUAAGAUCCCACAAAAAGUACUUAAAGAACUUUAAACAGCUUUUCUGAGUUCCCUGGAAAAUGGAGUUACAAGUGAGGAAAUGGUUGAGCUGGAUAAUUACUCCAGAAAGUAAUACUGUUUAUGCAAUAAAAUCAUUUAUAUGAUAACUUACAGAUUAGCCUUUGCUAAAGAAAGUCCUACUCUGUUAAAAUCAAUGGAGAUUUUUACUAUUGAGUUCUCUAAAUCAAGGAUUUUACCUUAAUUCACUUUCAUUGGCCAGAAACCAACUAAACAGGCAAGGGGAUUUUUAUUUGUGCUGGGCAGACAGCAGCGCCCCCUGGUGUACAGCAAACCACUUUAGAUUUUGAGGAAGAUGUAAGACUCUUACUACUUUAGGCAAAGGAGGACAACCCCUCAAAAAUCCCAUUCAGCUUCUCCAAAAAAAUAGAUAGCCAGAUACAAGCCAUAAAUUCCAAAUAGGACUCUGUCCACAUGUAUAUAAAAAAUAAAACGCUGAAAAGGGCAAUGAUAUCACAUAUAUGCCCUCUCUGUUUGCAAAACAAGCAGUUCCUUUUAGUACGAUACUGGAUCUGAAGGAAGAGUGGCGAAGGGCUGUACUGUUGCCUUAAAUGCAUUGCUCUUCAAUAGUAAAUUAAACUUUUAAUUGCUUCCAGCAACAAAAAUGUAAGUCAAUGCUGUUCUGAAAGGAUGCUUUAAACCCACAUGGGUUUUGAUAGAUCUCAGUUCUGCUACCGAUGGUGCCUUUCUAAGCUUCUUUCACCAAGGGUCAGUGUUGCCGUCAGUGUAACAAAUCCAUGGAGUCCAAUCUAUUUUAAAAUAAGCCUCAGUAAGUAAUUAUCAUUUGAGUAUCCAAUCUCUACUUUUCUACAGAAAACUCUCUUCCCCCCAAAACUGUCAUGAAGGUGAAAAAAAACUGAAUUCCUUAAUUACAUAUUAAGCAAUAGUUUGAAGGUAAUCCUUGGGGGGAAGCACGCAAAGGCCAGAGUAGUGAAUUCCUUCCUGUGCUGGUUAGGCUAAUUGCAGGUAUAUACCAAAUACUGUUGAUUCUAUGCAUUUUUUCCAGAUUCAAAUACUGCAAUAACCACUGUUGUAAUACAUUCCAUUAUGUGCAUAUCACUUCAGUACAAUAAAAGGCACCUCAUUUAUCCAA